AUGCCCCCAAAGAUCACCGAGAAAGAGUGGGAGCGCAGAUUGCAGGCUGGAGGUGGUCUGCCCGAUAGGCUCAAGUUAGCUGGGAAGCGAGUCCUGAAGGAACUUGACCCUUACACGGAGAAGAACAGGCACAAAGACCAUGACCUUGAAGAUGAGCAGAUCAAGCAGCAUUUCAUCAUAUUCCUCACAAUGCUGCUGAAGGGCAGGGGCGCGGAUGGGGCGCCUAAUGAAACAUAUGUAGAACAGCGCUGGAAGGAGUUCACCGCCCAGUGGAGGCGGAUGCAUGAAAAUAAGCUCCCUGAUAAAGUGGUUAAUUCCGGUACAAUGGAGCUGCAUAAUUUCAUCACCCUGAACCGAGAGAUCAGUGAGAGGGAUUACCUGACUCUGAUUCAUUUCAAGAACCUUCUGCGCCAACUGUGGCAGAAUGACUGGUACCUGUAUCCGUUCCCAAUCUACCGGGUGUACGUCUCCAGUCUGCUCAAGCACUUCACGUAUUCCUCCGGGAGAGUAGGCGAGUACCUGGAGUCAACUGCACGACUUGGCUCCGCCCGAGGGCUCUAUGUUCCAGGGAGCAUGACUAUCCUGGUGAUCCGCAACCGCAGCGGGAGGCCUGAACUCGUUGUUGCACUGAAGAGAGAUGCAAAGGGCAUGACGAAGAAACAGAAAAAGCACCCACGUCAUUCUAUGCCCGAAGAUAUCGGGUCCCUCCCGCUUUGCCUCAACCCUGUGCUGGAGCCGUUGGUGCUGUGCCUUGCACGUGGCCUCUUCCACGAUUUUAAGACUGCAGAUGAAAUCUUCUCACUUGAACCUUCUGCAGACGAGGGAAGUUAUGAACUGGCUCUUUGCAAACCCACCGUGCCGUUGUUCGGCCCGCACUCCCCUUUUCCGAAAGAGGAGGAUGUGGGGCUAGAAAGCGCGUCAAGAAAGCAGCUCAGCAAGGGCAAGGGAAGCAUGAAGACGGUGAUAGGGACACUGUUGUAUGAGGCCAUUUCGGACGAUGGACCUACGGGCAAGAUCCUCACCGCCAGCUGGUUUGGGAAAGAGCUACCGAGGCUGGGUCGUCGGGCAGGAUACGUCAGGUCCAUCACCGUCCAUGACAUAAGAGCGGAGGCGCUUGUCCGUGCUGACGACGCCAUUCAAGGCUCUUCCAGUGUCUUCCUGCAAAGUUGCGCCAGGAUCUGGAGGACAGACAGACAAGAGUUUGUCCAGCUCAAUGCCCGGAUUGAGGAGCUGAACAGGAAGAUCCGAGCCUCGGGGACCUCAGAGGAGGAAUGCCAGAAGCUGGAAGGUACAGCUGCGGAGGAGGAUGAGCACAGUGUGAGCUACCACUGGAGGUGGUUCGAUCGCGUUGCCCAUCUUAUGCCCGAACAGAAGAGGCUCAGUGAGAUGUUGUUCCUGUGCGUCCCGUUGCGGAGCUCAGAGGGAAGGCAGGUGAUUGAUGACAUGAUGACUCUGUGCCGUAGAAGGAGCCCGGUGUCGGACCAUCCAGCCCUGAAGGCUGAAAGCGGCCGUUGUCCCGCAGGCGGGUGCGGAAUUGAUGUGGAGAGUCUGUCGACUAGGCAGAGAUGGAAGCAUAUCUACAGAUGCCAAAAGACUACCUUGAAGAAGCAGCAUGGUUUCUCAGAUCUAUGCCCUAUAUGCCAUCAGUGGUACACCGACGAGUGGGAGUUUGAAGCCCACUGUCAAUACCACAUCGAUCACCCGGCAACGAUUCCACUCGAGCAUGGCUUCCUAGAAGUACGUGGCACGCUUGCAUGGCCCGGAUUUUGCCCCCGAUGUCUCGGGGACAGAGGCAAGCAGGCGCGUCAUCGCAUGGCUGCCUUCUAUGAUCAACAGUUGUUGACCAGGCACAUGAACCGUCACUAUGACGACCCUGCCUUGAGAUUGGACUGCGGCUCCAUUCAUGGCUGUGAUCUGCUUUUCACCUCAAUUCGAGAGCUCCAGCAUCAUUAUGAUGAUUUACACUCGGAAGACGAUAUGGAGCUGGAAGUCCAUGUCACCACUCCUGAGAGCUUCAAGCGCAAGCGAGUGGAUAUUGACGAUGAGGGAGCGGCGAAGCGCCUGAGAAAACUUGAAAGUGCCAAAUUAGCAUCUAAUGAGACCGGUACUGCGGAACCUGGGAUUGUGGGGAGCGGCCUUGCUCACAUCAAUGCCGAGUGUUCACACUCUGUUAUAGACUCUGAGUACUCUUCCUGCGCCAAGAGCCCUGACAGCUAUAGACAUAUUUAG